AUGGCCAGUCUCGAUCGAUUGUUGAAGCGUAAGCGCUCUCCGAGGCUCGGUUGUGCUUCGCCUACGACGCGCCCCUCCAUAUACUUGGACCAGGAACAUGGCGACUACCACAGAACCGUUAUCGAGGAGACUGACACGGAAAGCGACGACGAUCCUGGCGAUAUAUACCACGAGGAUGAGAUCGCUAAGAGCAGGGGUGGCUCUACCGACGCCGAAAGGACAAAUUGCGAUAAAAGCUCGGACAAACAUAGUGGCGAGGAGGGACAGAACGAGUCCCAAGAUCCUAGCUGGACGAAUCGCCCUCGUGCGCGGACUGGGUCUAAUCACUCUGAGCCGGAGGAGGAGCAAGAAGCCUUUACCAGACAAAGUCCGCCGUUGACCAUCAGAUCACGGACCACAAACACAGGAAAAGCUCCCUCAGUUGCCAGGGGUUCUUCUGACCCGCCGAACGGCGGCCCACGUACCGAACCGGCGGCCCCAUUCGCGGCUGCACCCGAGACUCCGACCCGCCAUGCACACCCACAGCUGUACGCUGAUACACCGUCUUCCGACAGCUCGUCUCCCGAAGGGCGACAAUUGUCCCGCCAGUUGGGAGCCUUCGAGGGGGAAGAGGAAGUCCGUCAACUACGCCGACCCUCAAGCGGUGCAAGAUUCCGAUCACUGUUGUCCACUGAGGAAGUUGAACAGUUGAGUCGCGGUCUGAAAGAAGCCGGCAAAAUCAUCAAACUCGUUGGAGGAGAAAACAAAGCUCUGGUCGAUGAACUGAAUGCAAUUCGCAAGGAAAACUUGUAUUUGCAAGAAUGUAAUCAAAGGGAUGCGGAUAAGCUUCUUGCGGAAAAGAAGGCAAAGGAGACUUGCCUAAAGGAGAAAGAAGAACUUGAAAGGCACGCAAUAGUCAUUAUGAAGGAGCUCGAGAAGAUCCGCGUGAAGUGGGACAAGGUCAAAGAGGAGAGAAGAAAAAAUAAAGAGGAUCAAAGGAAGAAUAAGGAGGAGUGGGACAAGGCUAGAGAGGAGAGGAGGAAAAAUGCGGAAGAUCAAAGAAAAGUUGAGGAGGCUGUGGAAAGGAUGCUGUCAAUGGUUGCCUCUUUCCGGCAUGAGAAGAUGUAG